AUGUCGAUUGUGGCGGAAAAGGCAGGUUCUCCACAAGCAAGAUCUGUUCUUCAGCAGUGUCUCUAUGCAAUGCUUCAAGUCAAACGUGCAGAUGAUCAAUCUGAUGCUGAAUUGGUGGAGAUUGACAGAGGGAUGGUAUAUAUCUGCUUUUUCAAAUGUGCUACAGAGGACAUUAUCCCCAGGUCGAACACUCUGUGUGAGGCUGACUCUGGGAAGUAUGUGUCAGUGCUGGACCUGCCUGGGAGCGUUCUCAUCGUGCCUCAGGCUACACUGGGAGGCAAGGCCAAAGGGAAGGGCAUGCAGUACCACAAUAACAUUGGGAAAGAAGAGGGCCUGCAGCUGUAUUCUAACUUUGUCUCCUUCUUUGAGAAGGAACUGGCUUUGUCCAGUAAGAGUAGUAAGAUUGCAACCAACAUCAAACAUGGAACUUAUGGGAACAGACAAGUGCUGAAGCUGGAUACCAACGGACCAUGCACACACCUGAUGGAGUUUUGA